AUGAACACAGCAAUAACCACAGAUUCAAAUACACCACCAAGAACACCUUCGAGACAUUAUUUUUACAGAAAGGCUUCUUUACCUUCAAGCAUUAAUGCAAAUAACAACAAUAACAAUAAUAAUAAUACAAAUAACGGCUAUACACCAACAACUCCCCCUAUUACACUAUUGAAUGAUACUGAAAGUACAAACGCAUUUGAAAGCAAACUGGAAGCAUUUAUUAAAAAACAGUCUGUAAAAACCUCUGUUGACAGUAUCUUUAAGGAAGCUGCCAAUGACCUUGCUCGUCGUAAGGCUGACAGAAGAGCUAGAAAAGAAAAAGAAGAACAGCAAAGAAAUGGUGAGAAACAGUCCGCAGUGAAUGAAAAGUUGACGACCGAACUAAUAGAACAACAACAACAACAACAAUCACAAGAGCCUUUAUUUGAAAAAUUAAGUAUACUUACACCUAGCGAAAAAUCUGCUUGGUUAUCCAAUAUUCAUGACGAGGCCAUGUUGCUUAAUCCUCAUCAGUGGUUAAAAUUGGCUAGUUUAUUUAAUGUCAACUCAAAGGCUACCCGACAGCAAACACUAUUGAAAGAUAUACCUUAUUUACCUGAAGUACUUGAUGACCGAUCCAUCACGGUAGAGCAAGUAAGACCUUUGGAAAAUUAUCUAGAGCUACGUGAUAUACAAAACAGGAAUUAUGCAAGAGACUCCGUGGCAGAAGGCGUCAAGCUAGUAAAGCAAAAUAGAAUCAAAGAAGCUAUGGAGUAUUAUAAACGAGCACUUGACAUGGACCCAAAAUAUGCAGAAGGCUGGUUCCACGUGGCUGAAGGACUUGUACAGCAAAGUAAACUAAAAGAAGCAGCAGAGCAACUGGAGCGUGUGUUAAAACUCGAAUCAGAGCAUGAGGGAGCCAAAGCCCUUUUAGCCAACAUCGAACGCACACUAAACCCCAAGCCCAAGAAAAAAGAAGAUGAAUGGGAUUUGGUGGAUGAACAUGGUGAAGAUAUGACUAAGAAACAACCAGAAAAGGAAUCCAAACCAUCAAGUAAGAAAAGAUCCCGCUCCAGGGAUGAUAAUAAAGAAGACAGCAGCAGACGUCGUCGUUCUCGUCGUUAUGAAAGCCCAGAAAGGAAACGAUCAUCUGAUAGACGUUCAAGACGUGAAGAAGAUCAUUCAGAUGAUAAACGAAGAAGCCGACGUGAGGACCGUUCGGUAGACAGUAGACGCUCAAGACGGGACCAUCGUUCAGAUGAUAAACAAAGAAGUAGACGUGAAGAUCGUUCAGUCGACAAUAGACGGUCAAGACGUGAUGUUAAUCGCUCACGACAUGAAGGAGAGCGAUCAAAGCGUGAAAAGAACCGCUCACGACAUGAAGAAGAACGACAAAAACGUGAAGAGGACCGCUCAACUGAUAAACAAAGAAGCAGACGAGAAGACCGCUCAGUGGAUAGUAGAAGAUCAAGGCGUGAAGAAGAACGUCCACGACGCGAGGAAGACAAUUCAGAUAGUAAACGAAGAAGUAGACAUGAAGAUCGUUCUCGUCGCUAUGAAAGUCCAGAAAGAAAAAAAUCAUCCGAUAGACGUUCAAGGCGCGAAGAAGAUCGCUCAGACGAUAAGCGAAGAAGUAGACGUGAAGAAGAUCGUUCAGAUGAUAAACGAAGAAGCAGACGUAACUCCUUAGACGACAGAAAAGGACGCUAAAUCAAUGUGUACAAGUGCUAAUCAUUUCAACAUACCACUUUGGAAAUGAUAAACAAAGGUGAUAUAGAUAUGCUUUAUUGAGAUACUUUUUACACGAAAUAAAGUAUGACGCUUUUUUAAAUAUUCAGGCUUCCCAAUAUUAUUAUUUCAUGAUAUGCCUCGUUUGGCUAGACGAAAAUGAAUGGCCGAUCAUUUUUCUAAUGACUUUAUAUCCAUGAUGCCUUCACUACGUCAACCUAUAGAAUUACACCAAGAGGGCAGUCACGUGAAAGUUAAUUUAUGCGAGUUAUAAAACCUUGAGGGGGUUUUUUUUCUCUCCUU